AUGUCAGGAUUCGACAGCGAAGCAGCAGCAAGGAUACUCCGUUGGAUUCGCGCCUUAAAAAAGCCACCAAGCAUGCAUGGACCCUGCUGGGAAGCCUCCAAGAAACUGCCGCAAGAUGUCCAAUCUAUUGGUUCAAACGAGUUUGGUGAUUAUCUUAAAGAUGGCUUGGCACUUGGAUAUAUUAUGGCUUGUCUAGAUCCGACGUUGGUUCAUGAAGUACUUGAAAACCCAAUUUGGGAAGUUUCCGACAAGACAACUUUUGAAAAACUGCGCCAAAAGGAACGCAUCAGGUUAUUUCUGCAGUUUCUCACGUCGCUGAACAUUGAGAGUUCAGACCAAUUCAGUGUUUCUGGUUUGAAUGAAAAACUUGACCUUGAACGGGUUGUUCAAUGUUUGAGGGAAGUGACCUUAAUGGUUGGACAUCUGAACGGAUGUACUGGACCCGUGGAGUUCCAGAACUAG